AGAUAUUCAAAAAUGGCGACAAUUAUUGCAAAAAUCGAGUCAAAAAUCAACGAGUAUUUGAAAGCAAGAAACAAGGAAGACUGGAAAGAAAAGACUUUCACUCAAGCUGAAAAGUUUUCUGGAAUUCCAAGAGAAAGAAUCGUCUCAAUGGCAUUCCUGAUGCUUUCCAUCUACGUUCUUCUCGGCAACUUCCUCCCACUCUUCUCUCAUAUCAUUUGCAUCUUCUGGCCAGUCAAAGAGAGCUUCAUGAUCCUCCGCCAACAGAAGAAUCCAUCAGACAACAUUCUCCUCUAUUGGAUUCUCUAUGCAAUGGUUUCACUUUUUGACUAUUCUGCUCUUCCUGGAGUCCCAUUCUAUUACUUCGCUAAAACCGGGCUCUUCCUCUCGAUCACCACAAAUGGCUUCGAUAAACUCAAGGAAUGGUCUGAGCCAGCUCUGAAAUUCACCGAAACAUGGGUUCUGGUGACUCCACCGCCGCCUGGAGAGGAGGAAAACUGAGCUCUCUGAAUUUAUGGAAAUUUACGGAACUGACACUUUGACACGCACGGGAUUUUUUUUUGAACAUGUUUUUUUUUAAACUGAUAUAAUUUAUUUAUCACCCAGCCAAAUUUACACCGAAUUGUAUUGCUAUCACAAGUGUAAAGAAAUCAUUGGUUUGUAAAUCGAAUUCUCAAUAAACUCCUCGUUUCUUUCU